AUGAGCUUCUGGGACGCUCAUUUUAGAAUGCAGUUAUUGCAUUUGCUCGAAAGACCACGACCUACCAUGGAAAGUAUAAUGGAAUAUGGUCUUAGGGCCCAAAUAUCUCCUGAUAAUCUGAUACAAUAUUUAGAUAUAUUUGGAAAUGAGAAAUGGGCGGCUUUGAAACGAGAGCAUGGUUUAAGUGAGUCUUCGGAGUCCAGUGAUGAUGACAUAGACUGGGACAAAGAAAGUGAUGCUCAGCGGAAAGCUAGAUUACUCUUAGAUGAAAAGAAAGCUAAAGAAAAAGCUGAAAAGAAACGUCUGAAGAAAAAACGACAAAAAGAUCGAAAGCGGCUCGAGAAGGAACUAAAUAAGACCGACUCUGAGACUAAUAACGGCGAUAAAGAUGUGUAUAACUUUAAAGAAAUGGCUUCAGCUUUAAACUCUGAAAGCAGUGAUUGUUCCUCAGAUGUGUCCAACGAUGAAGAGGGUUUGGAUUUGAAAAGCUCAUUUGUUACUAAAGCUGCGGAGAUUGCGAAGCGUAAGUUGGAGCAGAAGCAAGAAAACAAAAAGAAGUCUCCGGUUAAAGAAGACCAAAAAACACCUGAAAAGAAAGUUGAAAAAACAGAUGAUGAUACUGCUCAAUCCAGCUCUAAAAUGGAGGACUUUGUAAAAUUGAGCGCUAAUUAUGCAAUGAUUGGGAAUAAGCUAGCUGGUGCUGGAGAUUUCAAAAUGGCUGCUCAGUAUUUCACAGAAGCUAUUAAAUACAACCCCACAGAGUUUAAGUUAUUUGGGAAUCGUGCGUUUUGUUUUGAAAAGAUGCAGGAGUUUGAGAAGUCCCUCAGUGACGCCGAGCUGUCUCUGAGCAUGAGUCCAGGCUGGGUCAAAGGUCACUUCAGGAAAGGCCGAGCUCUGGCAGGGCUCAAGAGGUUCGAGGAGGCGGCGGCUGCGUUUAAAGAGAUCCUUGAACAGGACGUCUCUCGCAAAGAAGCAGCUCAAGAACUGCUGGACGUCCAGACGUUACAGCUGAUGGAGUGUGGCUUUACUCGAGACCAGAGUUCAAAGGCUUUAGUUAUUUAUGGGAGUGUGGAGAAGGCUCAAGAAGGACUUUCAAACUUGAACAAAGUGUCUCCGCCUGUCCUUCGGCAGCAGGUGGUCAACGCCACUGGAUUGUCUCCAGGUCUCUCUGCCAAAGCCGCCGCCGCCUCCGCCACCGCCACCGCCGCUGCACUUCCUCCUCCAGCUCCAGACGCAUCAAAGAGCCACGCUGAGACCAAACCUCUGAUCUCAGUCCAGACCCAGCAGAGCCAGGCCAAAGCAGACGCCCCUGUGGCUCCCAAUCAAGUCAGACAACCACCUGAACUCUUUCCAGUGUGGGUGGGGAACCUGUCUAUAUCUGUUACCGAGCCCUUAUUAGGAAACCUUUUCAACAAGGUCGGGAGAGUUCAUAGUAUUAAACAGCUUUCUGCUAAACACUGUGCUUUUAUUAACUACACUCAACGGCAACACUGCGAAGAGGCUAUACGGAGAUAUCAUGGUUUUGAAUUAAAAGGUGCUAAACUUAUGGUCAGAUACCCGGACCGGCUCCCCUCUGGUAUGAACAUAUCCAGAGCAGCCCAAUUAUCUGCUGACGUGUGCUGCGAGGAUCUAGGAUUCUAUUAUAACAACGCUGCGAGAAACGGACACCAUUACUACAAGUACAGAGAGCCAUACUAUUGA